AUGGAUAUUCUCGAGGAGAAGCGAAAGAAGCUACGGGAGCUCCGAGAGCGGCGACAGCAAAGCCGUGGCCCGGUUUCAGCGGACCAGCGCGACGAUUUGGCGUCUCAUUUGUUGAGUUCCAGCAACACCGAGCAUUUGGCCAACCCUGUUGAAAUGAUAAACAUCAGCACGCAAACCGAGGGGCUGAGUGAUUCCAAAGAAGACGUUUUAGCUCUCCCGACAAUUUUGACCUACGAACAAGCAGUUCAGACUGAUCCAGUGGACUUGACAGAGAAAAGUAUUCAACUAGACAGCGAGAUCGAAUCUUCAACAACUACAACAACAGUGAGCAGCGAUGAAAAUAGUUCCAGACCAGAACUUGCCGAAACUUCACCGCACUCUGUGCGAAUUGUGGAACCUUUUGUCAUCAACAAUCAGGCCUUGACCGUUGGUGUCAGGUCGUUUUCCCUACUGGAGGCCCUGGACAAAUCAAAGGCAUCAUUGACAGAGAAGGAAUUUCGAGACGCCGAGCAUUUCUGCAUCUCACACACUUUAGGCUCCAAAAUUGAAGUUAAAACCGGGAUCGAAAAUAGGUGCGUGUGGGUCGAUUAUUACGCAGAGUUGGCGCUCGUCGUGUGCCAAGACGCGAGCGAAUCGUCACAGGGCCCGGUUAUUUCGUGUACCAUGGUUUCGGUUUACAAAUUUAGCACUGGUGAACUUGUCGACACAGUGGAAUUCAAGGGUCAAGCAAUCCUGCGGGGCCAGUUUAUACGCAGAAAAAGAUCCACGGUGACAUCUGCGCUUCUGACCUCCUACAACGGCAAAACAAUCCUGUAUGAAAUUCGAGCCGUUUCUCAGCCAGAUGGGGCUCUGAACAUCGAGAGAAACCUUAUCGUACGCAAUUUUCACCACUAUCCCGUCUUUGCACUCUGGCAGCACCAUAUAGACAGCCCCCGAGUGCUUGUCGGUAGUACAGAUGGCAGUAUUAGCGACUUGGACAUCUUGAAAAUGGAUUUUUAUCAAACUUCAGACACAGAUGCACAUUUCAAGAUCUUGCCAGUUUCUUCGUCUUCAUUAAUCCUUACCGAUGACUCCAGUUCGGAGCUGCCGUCAGGGUUUCGAAAACAGCUUCAGAAACAAUCGUGUUACGAUGAGACCGCCAUCACGUCUCUGGUCACCAUGCCGCACGACCCUACAAUAAUUUAUGCGGGCUGCGAAGAUGGCGGGAUCUACAAGAUUAAUUUGAGUGACGUGAAAUCCGGUAUUGUAAGAAUCGAUACCGAAAACAAUGGCUUUACCCCACCAAAUGCGGGAGAGAGCGAAGACAUUUUUCAUACUUUCCCAAUCACAGGACUUUGUCAGUGUGUGAAUGCACCUAACCUGCUCUUGUCGUUUGGCAUGGACUGGGAGUGUAAGAUAUGGGAUGUUUUCAACAAUAGAAGGCUUGCAACCAUUGAGCUAGAUUAUCCAAUUAUUCGCGGCGAAUGGGUCAGUUACGAAGACACCUUUUCUAUUUUCAUUUUGACGCCAGCUGCAUUAUCGGUCUACAAUCCCAUGGUGACGCUAGAGUUUACAGAAUCUGGGUCGAUUUCCUGGCGAGUUCUAAAUAAACCUGUCGAGAUCUUCAGCAUCAACGUGUCGCAUUUCGACGAAUUUACCUAUUUUACCAGCUUCACAGUAUUGGAAGAAAACGGGCAGUUUUAUGCGCUACUAGGAGGCGACUGCCCUCAUCAGUUGUGCGUUCAGGUCAAUAUGCAGAGGUAA